GACAAGCUUGCAAAAUAAAGUUUGAAACGAGCUGGGAAAUUUAGCACCGUUCAAACGUUUGCAUGUUUGUCGAAAGGAUUGUUGUGUCCUGUGCUAAAAGAAUCUGCGGUUAAGUGUGCCUCACCUUCUGUGAUCUGGUCUGGCCCUUUCAAGAACUGGCAAUUGAAUGCAGUGAAUAUACAAGGAUUACAAGCAUCUUACCAUGGAGAAUGUGCAGCCUGUCAGUCCAGAGCCGACCAGCAGAGGGAUCUUUUUAAUUCGGCUCCUGAAUCUGAAAUCAUUGCCACUGGCUUGCCUUUACUUGGCCAUGAUCUUCUUCUCUUCAACGUGGCAGAAGUACACCAAACCCCUGGAACUGCGGAAGAUCCUAUUAUUGUAUAACAUGGGCUGUAGCUUCAUGAGCCUGUACACCUCCCUUCUGUUCCUGUACGGCCUCAGCGUCGCAACUUCCAUCUUUCAGAAGGAGUUCUUCUCAGAACUGCAGCAGGCUUACUUCAUGUACUGGUUUGUUAAAAACGUGGAGCUGCUUGACACGGUCUUCAUGAUCUUGAGGCAUCGAAGUCGUCAGAUCUCCUUUCUUCAUGUCUACCAUCACUGCAGCAUGUUGCUUCUGAGCGAGCUGACCUAUCAUUACUACCCGUGGCCCGCCAUUGCCCCGUUCGUGCUCGUCAAUUCAUUUAUUCACAUCAUCUUGUAUUUUUACUACGGUCAGAGUGCGAUGAACCCAGCACAGCGACCCACGUGGAAAAAAAGAAUGACGCAAUUACAAAUCGCUCAGUUUCUUAUGGACUUGGCUCUUGCAACGUGGGGCUAUCUGUUUCACGGAUUCUGUAUUUACGCGAUUCUGUAUGGUGUUACAAUGCUUUGUCUUUUCUUAAAUUUCUAUUUCAAAGCUUUCAAUUCCAAGAAAGCUACAUAAUUAUGUAUCUAAAUCAGAAAAUCUGAACUAAAUAUUAUUUUUUCUUUUUGGUGAGCUGGUUUAAUUGUCUAACACACUGGAUUUUCAGUGUUCUCUAUUAAGCAAGUCAACUUCAAAUAGAUUGCACCUUAAUAUUGUAACUACAGGUCAACCUUCACUAAUCCGGCACCACUGGGAGCUGAGGAGUGCCGGAUUAGUGAAAACACCGAAUUACAGAAGGAUCACAUUAAGCAGAAUCAGUGCCGGAUUAUCGAAGGAGCCGGAUUACAGGUAGUCGGAUUAGUAAAGGUCGACCUGUAUUUAGAAUAAAUAUAUAAUUUUAAAAUGUAACAUAUUUUAAUAAAGAUUUUACAAUUCUUUCAAAUGUAAAUCUUCAGUGAUGAUGGCUAUUAUUUUUUCAUUUCAGAACCAAAUUUAAAAUUAUCAAUCAAGAUUUUUAAAAAUUUGUCCCUCCCCAGUAACCUGGCACUUAUCCCUGAAAGCAGCCCAAGUGUUAAACUUUCCCAUUCACCUCCUCCCUCACCUCCAUUCAGGGCCCCAAACAGUCCUUCCAGGCGAGGUAACGCCUCACCUGCUGGGGUUGUCUGUAGAGUUUGGCAUUCCCAAUGCAGCUUCAUUGGUGAGACCUGUUGUAAAUUGGGGGGGCUGCUUUGUCGAGCACCUCCACUUCACCUGAAUUUCCCGGUGGCCAAACAUUGUAAUUUCCAUUCCCAUUCCGACACGUCGGUCCAUAGCCUCCUGUUGUGCUGUUGUGCCAAGAUGAGGUCACCUUCAGGGUGGAGGAGCAACACCUUAUAUUCCGUCUGGGUAACCUCCAACAUGAUGGCAUGAACAUCGAUUUCUCCUUCCCGUUAAAAGUUUUUUCCCUCCCGCUCCUGUCUUCUAUUCCCCACUCUGGCAUUUUACCUCCCCUCUCUUGCCUAUCACAUCCCCCUGGAUCCCAUCCUCCUUCUCUUUCUCCUAUGCUUCUCCUCUCCUUUCUGAAUCCUUCUCCAGCCCUUUCCCUUUCCGUCCCACCUGGCUUCACCUAUCACUUUCUAGCUAUCCUCUUUCCCCUCCUGCCACCUUUUUAUUCUGGCAUCUUCCCUCUUCCAUUCAGUCCAGAAGAAGGGCCUCGGCCUGAGACGUUGACUGUUUAUUCGUUUCUCUAGAUGCUGCCUGACAUGCUGAUUUCCUCCAGCAUUUUGUGUGUGUUGCUUUGGAUUUUCAGCAUCUGCAGACCUUCUCAUGUUUAUAUUUUUAAAAAUUAGCCAUAUCCAUCCCUAACACACUUAAUGUACAUAGAAAGAGCCAAUCCUACUUUCCAUUCAGUAUAGAAGGCAUGCAAUGUAGUUUCAUUUAAAAUUUAUAUAUACUGUAAUUGCAUCUUACAAGUUUGAAUAACACACACAAAAUGCUAGAUGAACUCAGCAGGUCAGGCAGCAUCAACAGAAAGGAAUAACAAGGUUGAGGGAAGGUUUCAUGGAGGUAUACAUGAUCACUGUGGGUUUAGAGGAGGUAAAAUGAAGACUAAAUUCCCAUUAUUUGAAGACAAGCCAACAUAAAGUGUUGAUUCAGGGGGAUAGGAGUUGUAGCAAACUAUCUGCUGGAGGAACUCAGUGAGUCGAACAGUUUCUGUGGAGUGCAAAAGAACUGUCGAUGCUUCAAGUCAAAACCCUGCAUCUGAACUGAGAAGGGAGAAUGGAGAGGUCCAGUGUAUAGAAGAGAUGGAGAGUGGUGAGACAAGACUGUAAGGUGAUUGGUGGACUGAGGAGGGGUGAAAGGUGACAAGGAAAUUGCACCAGGUAAGGGACAGGAGGGGGUGGAGCUUGUGAAACAAUCCAAGCUUUCAGGAGAGAAAUGGAUAGGAAGUUAAGAACAAAGAACAUUACAGCACAAUAUAGGUCCUUUAGCCCACAACUUUGUGGCAGCCUUUUAACCUACUCUUAAGAUCAAUCUAACCCUUCCCUCCUAUAUAGCCCUCACUUUUGCUAUCAUCCACGCGCCUGUCUAAGAGACUCAAAUCUUUCCAGUGUAUCUGCCUCUGUCACCACCCCUAGCAGGCCGUUCCACACACUUACCAUUCUGUGUAAAAGAAUUUACCUGUGACAUCCCCUUUAUACUUCCCUCUAAUCACCUUAAAAUUAUGCCCCCUUGUAUUAACCAGUACCACCCUGGGUAAAAGUCUCUGGUUAUCCACUCAAUCUAUGCCUCUUAACAUCUUGAGGACAAUAGAUAAAGAACAGGGAAUGGGAUUUAUGGGACUGCACGAGCUGGCCUUUUGGCAGUCUCCUUUGGUGUAAUGUUUACUUAAUGAUAAUUCAUUUGAUUCCUUAAGGGUAGUAGUGAGAAUAAGCUCCAGCUAUCUAUUAAAUUCUCCCGAUAGUGUGCAUCUCAAUCAGCCUCUGACAACCAGUUCCAGCUCCUGGCCUUCACAUGUGGCCUAGCUACCAGGCCUGGCAGAACCAUUUCUACGGACGGGAGGAUGGGCAAAGGUGGUUUACUGGCGCCUUAAAACCAGUCAUUUCAGGCAGAUGGGGCUCGUCAGCAGUGGUUGGCAGCUCCUCCAAGAGAUGUGAAACCUCCGCUGCCUUGCAGCUACGCCCACUCAAGGGGAAGGCUUCGGGAAUAAACCCCAAGGGAAAAAUCCGGAGCUGGAGUCCCGAAGUUGAGUUUGAUGCUGACUGGCAACUCCUGUGACACUGCUGACUCCAAACUGUAUUCAUUUCAACCAUUUCUUUAGAUUCGUCAGCUGCAUGGUGAGGGAGGGCCUGCUUCAUGGGCAGUAGCUUGCCCUCUAUUUCGUACUGCCCUGGUUUGCCUAUCACAUAGAGAGCUGGGACACAACAUCCAUGGUCGACCUCGACGAACAGAGGGCCUCAAUUCAUUUGCUCUAAUGCAGAAAAAUACUAAUUUGGCACAGUGGUUAAAAAAAUGUCUUAUUUUGGGUCUUCUCCCUGCACGUUGCUCCACCCAUUCCCGAUACCCCAGAUCUGCCCAUUUGCGCUCACUCUUGGAGGGCAAACAACUCCAGUAUAGAGGAGCAGCUGGUCAGUGGUAGUCAGAGAUUACCCCUGAGGCUCGUAGCACUUUCACCUAGCAAACCACAAUUUAAGAACCACUGCUCUAAUAUAGUGUUAAUACUAUUCAUGCAAUUCAGCAAUUUAUUUCAGAAAUAUAUGUAGUUACAGUUAUGAUUUGGUGUAAUUUCAACAAAUAAUAUAUGGAUUUAUGAAAUAUAAGUUUCAAAUCUUGGUGUGAAUGUCCUGUUGCUAAUUAGGGUCAUUUGAUUUGUCCGAUUGCAAUUACAAUAAAACAAAGACAUUAUCAAACACAGCCA